AUGUUAAUUUUAAUUUCUGGAAUAUUUAUAACAUUAUUUGGUUGUUAUUGUUUUGCUGUAGUUAUAUUUUCUAAUGAAAAAGUUAAAUUAAAAACUUUUAGUAUUUUGUGUUUUAUUAUACAAAAUGUUAUGUUGAUAACACAUGUUGUUUUAUUAUUUAAACAUCUUUAUCUAAAAUUAAAGGCAACCACAAUUUCAGAUUAA